CAUCCAAGUUGAAGGUGAAAUUAUUUUCCUACCUCGUCCCAUAAACGGAACAGCGGUUUGUCCCGGGUUGGUUUGCCGUUUUAGCUAACAUUCCGUCUCGGUAAAAUUCAUCAUCAUGUCAUUAUUCGGUGAGGUUCCCCAAGCCACCCCAGUGGCGGUCUUCAAACUGUCGAAUGAUUUCAAAGAGGACCCGAACCCAAUGAAGGUGAACCUCGGAGUUGGAGCCUAUAGGACAGAUGAGGGCCAGCCCUGGGUGCUGCCCGUGGUUAAGAAGGUGGAGAAGAUCAUUGUAGCGGACAACAGUCUGAACCAUGAGUACCUGCCCAUCCUGGGUCUGCCUGAGUUUAGGUCCUCCGCAUCCAAGAUCGCCCUGGGAGAAGACAGCCCUGCCAUCCAGGAGAACAGGGUGGGAGCGGUGCAAUGUCUGGGGGGUACAGGUGCUCUGAAGAUGGGGGCUGAGUUUCUCAGACGCUGGUACAACGGCAACGACAACAUGAAAACACCUGUCUACGUCUCAGCGCCUACCUGGGAGAACCACAACUCUGUGUUUGCCAACGCUGGGUUCGAGGACAUCCGUCCCUAUAAGUACUGGGACGCAGAGAAGCGGGGACUGGAUCUGGCCGGUUUCCUAGGCGACCUGGAGACUGCACCAAAGCAUUCCAUCUUCGUUUUGCACGCGUGUGCCCACAACCCCACCGGCACAGACCCUACACACGUAGAGUGGAUGCAGGUGGCUGAGGUCAUGAAGAGGAGGAAGCUGUUUGUGUUCUUUGACUCUGCGUACCAGGGCUUUGCGUCAGGCUGUCUGGAUAAGGAUGCCUGGGCCGUGCGCUACUUUGUCACCCAGGGCUUUGAGAUGUUCUGUGCCCAGUCCUUCUCCAAGAACUUUGGCCUCUACAAUGAACGUGUGGGGAACCUGACCAUCGUAGCUUGUGAUGCUGACAACGUGAAGAGAGUUCUGUCUCAGAUGGAGAAGAUUGUCAGGGUAACCUGGUCCAAUCCUCCCUCCCAGGGUGCCAGGCUGGUCGCCAUCACACUCAACACACCUGAACUCUUCGCUGAAUGGAAGGAUAAUGUGAAGACCAUGGCAGACCGUGUGUUGUUGAUGAGGGCUUCACUCCAGGCUAAACUGCAGGCUCUGGGAACACCAGGAACAUGGGACCACAUCACACAGCAGAUCGGCAUGUUCAGCUUCACUGGCCUCAACCCUAAACAAGUGGAGUACAUGAUCAAGGAGAGGAGUAUCUACCUGAUGGCCAGCGGUCGUAUCAACAUGUGUGGUCUGACCACUAAGAACAUCGACUAUGUGGCCGAGUCUAUCCACGAGACUGUUGUCAACGUCCAGUAGAAGACUACACUACCCACAACCCUCAGCACUGCCUUUCCUCAUCUCCUUCAUUACAACUGAUGUCAUGUUCACCCAGAUCAGUGUUCAUGGAGGGAAGGACACAAGGAAAGGAGAUAUGGAAAAUAAGCUAUAGUGUUUAAACUAUUGAGACACAGCCCCAGUGUAUCUGGAUGCAUUUAGCUCCAGCAGUGCUGGUGAUGAUGAUCUUCCAUUGCUUAAUAAUAUUAUUAAUAUUACAAUGUGAUUAGUAUUGUUUGGGUUGUUCUUGAAUUGCGGUGGCAUUGGGGCCUGGCAUUUCGGAAAAAAUGAACUUAAUUAUUCUAGAUUUUUUAUUUAAAUGUAUUUGGGUACAUCUUCCCAUUCUAAAUCAACUAAUAUCGUAGCUUAAUGACAUAAAAUAUUUGUACUAUGAUGAUAACAUUGUUCCACUAGUAGGAGUAGUACCACCAAUGACGGUAACACCAAUGACGGUAACACCAAUGACGGUAACACCAAUGACGGUAACACCUAUGAGACAUUUUUGGUUACUGAGGAUUUUCUUAAAUGGAUGCCACAUAUGCUCAAAUCUAAAGUCAUUAUCUCUUUGAAAAUCAUUUUUGAUAUGAUUAAUAAUUUUGCUCAAUGUAAUUUCCCUACAUUUAAAUUGAAUAACACCAAGGGACGCUUUAGGACGCUUUAGAUUUCGACACACGAAAUGAACAAUGGAAUCUUCAAAUUUAUGACAAACUAAAUGGGUGUGAUUAGUUAACAACUCUCUUUUAAUAUAGACCCCUCCACGAUAAGUUUACCACUGGAGGGAAUGUUCAAGGUUCUUGUUGAUCUUUGUAAUUAGUGAUUUUCAAGGCGGUAACACCAAAGACAUAGAACUGAGAGACAGACAUACUAUUUUAAAAGAAAUAGUGAUUUUAAUAGCCGCCUUUGUUUUUAUUCAUGUAUACAAUACAUUAACUUUUCUUCACUUUCUAGCAUUCAAAAUAAUAUAUAGAUAUAUCUAUAUCCCCAAAAUAUGUCUGUACAACGCUACACAUCACUACGUACACCCUAAGUACUUUAAACAAUGCAUAAACAAAGUUUUGCAGUAUAAAGGACGUUAAAUAUGUUUUAUCAUUGAUAAACGGUUCAAUAUAAACAAAAACAUUCAUGAUGUGUAACUAUUUGUCAUUUUAAAGUGUUUUUCAAGAUUGCAAAGGCAAGGGACGCAAAUGCCGCCACAAUUCAAGAACAACCCGUUUAUGAUGAUUCCAUUCCUAUUGUGAAAUGCACAUUUCCUGUUCUGUUUGAAUUACCACCUGUAUACGUUUUAUAGGAGGAGUUGUUUUGGUCCACUUCAGAGAAGGUAGCUAAAUAUAAACGGUGACCCAAGUUAACAGUACUUGACUUGGAAAAAGUACUAGAGCGAAACAAUCAAUUGACCAAAUCAGACACGCACUAAAUAUAUGUAGGAGAGAUGUAGGACAUUAUAUUUACAAUCAUGUUUAAUUUGGCCCUAGAUGACUUGAAGUAAAAAUCAUGAAUGACCUCAGCCCUAAGCUGUAUGGAGCUCUCUGUUGGGAAAGUCGCGCUCAAAGUCCUGGGGUGCAUUCAAUAGGGACAAACCGGCAUUCUCAAUCCGAGAACAAAAAUCAGUUAUUUUUGUUUAAACAUUUUAAAUAAUGGUCUGCUCAAUGUGAAUGUCCAAUCAGUCUGUUCUGAUGCUGUCUCUGUCUGUCACAUUAUUAUUGCACUAUUAUCAAUAUCUACCAUCUCAAUGGUAUACAUGAAAUGUUCAAAAUUGCACAAUUCAAAUUCGCUCACGGCUAGUGUCUGGAAGUGAAUACCUAUGUAUCUCAAGGGGGUUUGACUCAAAUCCUUGAAUAAAUGUCUGCACACCA